CCCUGGUAGUAGUUUUAGAAGCUUUGAAAUCAUAUUCCUUUUCCGAGUUAAACUCCCUUGUUUCCUAGGACUUACUGACAACCGUAAUGCCGUUGGCGAGCCUUCCGUUGGAGCUACGCGAAAGCAUCGUUGACUACCUUCGCCCCACACGUCCGCGUACCGGCAUCAGCGUAAACACCAUACUCGAAGACCUCCACAAUGCUCGCCUCUCCUGUCGUCCCCUCUACGAGGCAUCAUGGGGCGCGUUCGGCCGCACCCUCUGGCUGCGGAAGUUCCGUCUCGUGCAAUCCCACCUAAACCUCCUUACGUCCUUCUCCAAAAUCGCGUAUCUCGCCGCAACAGUCCGCACGCUCUCCUUUGGCAUCGAGCGCUUCAGCGCCGACGCGUUCCGCAGCUUCGAGAACUGGAUCGACAGGGCCCAGACUGAGGAGAUUCGCGCGCAGCGACGCGCCACGUACCUGCAGUACAAAGCGAUAACGACAUCCGAGCAGCAGCUGCAUGCUUCUGGCAAAGCCGCGCAGAUGCUCGAUGCUGCGCUGCGCAACUUCCCCAACUUGCGCGAGGUUGUCGUCUUCGUCCCGCGAGAAUGGAAGUCAACACUGCCAUUCUGGCCGGGCUGCACAGAGCAAGAUAUGUUCAACAAGCUGCAGAAGGAGGAGUGGGAGCCCAUCUACGACUACUACAGCCAAGCAGACUUCAUGCGGGUCCUUCUCUCAGCGUCAACGAGGCGCCCGCGCGUUUUGGAGGUGCUGAGAGUCGUGGAUGGGGGUGUUAUCCCUGACUUCUAUGGACAGGAUAGCGAGCUGCUCGAUACGGCUAUGCUGGGGCUCAGGGAACUGUCGUUGCCGCUGCGAAAGCCGCUUGUGCCGAUGGCUGAUGUGAGGCCGGAUUGGCUUGCGGAGUUUGUGGGCUCGACUUCCAAGACGCUACAGUUUUUGCAUCUAAGUUUUCCGUCCAAUCUCGAGGAAAACUCUGUUCGGGUCUUUGGUGAUUUCUCAAAAGACAUUUACCUGCCGAAGCUCCGUUCUUUGUCCCUCAAAGGAAUUGAGUGUGAAGAUGAGGCGCUCAAGGCCUUUUUCCGGAAGCAUGCGAAGACGCUGAGGGAGCUCAAGUUGGAGUGCAUCACCUUGUCCCGUUCCUGGGAAGAGUUGCUCGUGCUUAUCGCUGAUGUUUUGUCCCUCGAAAUACUCGGGAUAUACGAUGCUCGCCCUAAAAAUCAGACGCUAGUAUCAGCCAGACUGUUCAGGAGGGCAGCAAAUCGUUUUAUGUAUUGCUAGUUGCGCCUGUUCGCUCUAAGGGAAGGUUCCUGAUGCUACCUCGAAACCAAUCUGCUAUCCUUGCGACAGGGGACCGGAAGUAUGUGCUAGUAUCGAAUCUGACAAAAUAGGAGGGCUGGUAUAUGCCUGUAUGACGGGAAGACACGAUUAUCCAAAAUCUCCGUUAUUGUCUCGGCAGUAUACUGUUUAUUUUAUUAUCUCAUCAUUUGGCGUCGCAAUCAUCACCAUCGCUGAUACCCCCCUCACCACAUACUCGCUUUUUACAAUGUUUAUUUGC